AUGAGAGCUGCGAGUGCCGAUGCGCCGCCCUUCAACCCCUCACAAACAUCCGCAAACUCAGGCGCAAGCAAGCGCACAACAUCCAAUGGUCAGCAGGUGGUCCUCGACUCGGACGAUGAUUCUCUACCCGACCUUGACUUUGGUCUACCCACCCCCAAAGUCAAGACCAUCGUCACGACCACCACCACACGUUCUAAGCGCAUGUCCGAAGACCAAGAGAACGGUCUACAAAAGCCGGCCAAGAAGGCCAAGGAUAACAAGAACAAGUUUGAUGUACUUGUAAAGACGGCCCACAAGAAUCUCGAGACAGAGCGGCAGAUCAAGGAGCACAGCGCGCUUCUGGACCAGUCCCUUGAAGAACACGCAGAUACUACCCUGGCGCUCAACGAGGAGCUACUUGGCCAAGCUGUGGACGAUGAUGACGACCCAGAGAAAUCGCAUCGCCUCCUUCAGGCCAUGCAGAGAACCAAUGCUACACAAAUGGAGAGCGUCUACCAUUUCUUCCAAGAUGACUCGGACUCAAUACAAGCGCAGCCCAAAUUUCCCCUCAGCAGCCUGACCAAGCAUGGAUGGGUCUCGAUUCUCAAAGACUCCUACGCCAGGGACCAGGCUUUCAUGACCGGCUUUGCACAACAAAUCUUUCGAAUGCAACAACUUCCCGAAGAACUAGCUUCAUGGAUGAUUGAAUGUAUCUACCCAGUAUCAGUCGACGUAGAACUCUUAGACCCCAAGCUGCCUGACAUGAUUCACCAAUACCUGGACCAGUCUUCGAACUUCCGAAUAGACAAGGACACCGACUACGAGCACCUCACGGCACGUUUGACAUUGCUUGACAUUGCCAUUGGGCCUGGCUUAUUGAAUGUCCCGUAUCAGCCCUUAUCAAGUCCAACAACGUCAGAAACCGGCUCGUCUCCAGUCAGGGCUCCAGUACCAGCGUCAUCAGAAGUCAAAGAUUUCAACAACGAGGUGGAUGCGCUUGCUCGGCAGUUCCAGCUACUCAGCAACUCCAUCGUCGAGGCUGGCGCUGCGGUGGAUCUUACCAUCAUGGACGCCAAAGAUUCUAUAGAAAGACUACGCGCACGACUAGAGCACGCUGUGCGGAUAGGCGGAAAGAAGGUCUAUAACGUCUUUGGUGAUGAAGAUGAACACACACAGCCAAACCUCAGAAGGUUCUUCAAAAGCACGGGCAAAGACGCGCCAAAGAAGUCUAUCUUCGACGAAGAGGACGAUGUAGCGGUAUCACUAGCCGAUGACUCGAAAGCGUGA